AUGAUUGAGAACGCGGUCCAGCCCUGCUCUGCUGCCGGACAUGCUUUUGUCCUCCUGCCCCGCUUCCCCCCUGCUGCAGUGAUACAGAUGGAUCGUGGCAGAGAGGCAGAAAUGGAGUUACGGAGAUCCUCCAGCCCUGGCAAGCUAAGCAAGAACGACGUGGAUGCUGACAAGACCAUGUGCCACAGCUGCUGCAUCUGCGGUAAAAGUUUCCCUUUUCAGAGCUCCCUGUCGCAGCACAUGAGGAAGCACACAGGUGAGAAGCCCUACAAAUGCCCUUACUGUGAUCACAGAGCUUCCCAAAAGGGCAAUCUGAAGAUUCACAUCCGCAGUCACAGGACAGGCACUUUAAGUCAGGGGCACGAGGCAGAGAUGGGAGAGGCACAGCUGGGGGAGAUGGGUGUUUCUGAGGGCCUUGGCGGGUGCACCAGCCCCACUAAAAGUACAUCUGCCUGCAACAAGAUCUUGAACGGUACCGCUCAGGUCGAUAGCAGCAAGAUCUUGUUGAGAAGCAGCAAGAAGGAGGUCACAGAGAUGGCACCAGCUGAGGAUGAUGACAAGCUGACCUCUUACCAGUGCACCUUCUGCAAAAACAAAUUCGAAAGGAAGAAGGACCUGGAGCAGCACCUGCACCAGGUCCAUAAACCGUUCAAGUGCAGGUUGUGCAGCUACAUGACCCUGAGGGAGGAGACGCUGUUAAACCACAUAGAAAAGGACCAUAUUACAGCUCAGGUCCCCAAUGGGGAGACCUACACCGAGAACUGCAAGAGCGAGCUGAAUGUGGGCGAGUUCCCGUGCGAAGUCUGUGGUCAGACCUUUAGUCAAACCUGGUUCCUGAAAGCUCACAUGAAAAAGCAUAGGGGGUCAUUUGAUCAUGGGUGCCAUAUUUGUGGCAGGAGAUUCAAGGAGCCCUGGUUUCUCAAAAACCACAUGAAGUCGCAUGGUCCCAGGUCUGGGAGCAAAAACAAACCAAAAAAUGAUUUGGAGCUGAUUGCCACUAUCAAUGAUGUGGUACAAGAGGAGACAAUUGUGACCGGCCUGUCUCUGUAUGAAGUUUGCACCAAGUGUGGAAAUCUGUUUACAAAUAUGGAAAGCCUGAAAGUGCAUAAUGCUGUUCACUACCGUGUGCAGCCGGGCAGCACCGGGGAAAAAGCCAAGGGCUUGACUGAUGGGAGCCUGAGCUCCUCAGUAACCAAGCAGUUUUUCUUGCAGUGUCUCAACCUACGGCCAUCUGUAGGGCUGGAUAGAGUUACGAGAGGACAGCCUGGGAAAAGAGUAGCUGAGCUGGAUCCGGUCAGUAGCUACCAAGCUUGGCAGCUGGCCACCAAAGGAAAAGUAGUAGAGCCCUCAGAGUAUGUGAAGUAUGUGGGAUGGGAUGAGGCCCUGGCAGAUGCAGACGUGACUUAUGACAAGGAUAAGAGGGAGUAUAUCCUUGUCAACCAGGAGAAGCGCAAGCGAGACCAGGACUCGCCCAGCAACCCCAAGAAGAAGAGCUGCACCGGUGGGCGCCUGGAGAAAGCCGGCAGUGUCCCAGUGGGGGAGAGCUGCCCGCCUGCCCCCGGGGAUCUGGACUAUCGCCCUGCCUCGCGGCAGAGCCGCCGGGGCGCCCAGAACAAGUCCACGGAGUGCUUCGAGUGCGGGAAGAUCUUCCGCACCUACCACCAAAUGGUGCUGCACUCGCGGGUGCACCGCAAGGAGCGCAGGAGCUGCAGCGAGGGCGGGACGGCCGCCCAGCCCGACCGCUACGGCUCCAGCAGCGAGGAAGGGGACUCGGGCUCCGUCAGCGGGCCCAGCACCCCCGGCUCUGCAUCCGCCCCAGAGGACUCGGCCACCUCUGGCUUGGGAGAGGAGGGCGCUGAGGAGAGCUCGGAGGAGGGAGCAGCCAAUCCCUUGCUAGAUGGAAAGCCAUACCACUGCAACUUCCCCGAAGAGGAAACCCCAAUGAUAACAUCUCAGUUGGAUGAACUCCCAAAGCUGGGAGGCCACAACACCAGAGAGAAUGAAGCCAGGGAAUCUAAACCAGAGAUUCCUGCUGUGGUCUCAGCACUGGAGAGUGUCAUCAAGGAACCCUUUUCAAAAUACCAUGGUUCUACAGACAUAAAGAUGCCAGUAUUUCAUCACAGCCAAGGGCUUCCUUGCUCCAGUCACAUUGCUGGCUUUGCUUCUGGCAUGGGCCAGACAUCUUUAGACAUGGUCAUGGACUUGAAAACGUCACUUGAAGUGCAGGCUAGUCGUGCUAGAGAAAAUUUGCUAGACUUGCACAGGGAGCAUCCUCUGAUAGAAAAAGGUGCUGAAGCUCUAGAGGUAGCUCCACUUGAUUUGAGUGAAAAAUCAACAAGGGAUAGUUCAUGCAAUAAAUAUCUGAAUACAUCCUUGCAGGCUGCUUUAAUUGUCUACCCGUGUCCUUUCUGCAGUCACAAGACCUACUACCCUGAAGUCCUGUGGAUGCACAAAAGAAUUUUGCACAAAAUCAGCUGUAACUCGAUGGUACCCCCGUGGGUUCAACAAAAUGGAUUCAAGAGUAUUAAAACCAACCUGGUCUUUCUGGCGAGGAGUGGGCGCACUGGCCCCCCUCCUGUUCUCGGUGGGAAGGAAUGCCAGCCUUUGCCCAUUGCCAGAUUUACACGUACUCAAGUGCCAAGUGCGUUGCCAGGUUCCAAAGCCAGCUCCCUUUCUGUCGGGAUGGCUGCAAAGUCUGGGAGUAUGCAUCCAUCAAAGGACAGUCACGCGCUCGGCCACUGCGGUUCACGUGUCUCAGGCCUGGAUGGGUACAGACAGCCCAAGUUAAACCAUUCCCAGGAGCAGUACAGCAUAGCAGCACAACAAAAAAGCAAAUACGAAGCAAAUUCCAAACUCCCACAAAUGGGAAGCUACGGCAGAAGCAUAACACCUACUCAAACAGUCAUAUCCAGGCCUGGAACGCAGCCCACCAACAGUAAGCAGGUGGAGAAGUAUGUGGUUCCCCAAGGAAGUACUGGUUUUGCCUCUCCAGGUAAGCACUGUGCAUCCGACUCCAUGAAGGCCAAAUACACCCCCCCGCUGCAGUACCACGCCCUGUGUAAGAGUGAGCAGUACCCUAAACACGAAGAGCCGUCCGUGCCUCAGAGGGAGCCUCACGUCAAGGCUGGGAAUGAGAUGAGGACAUUGGCAAACUGCACAGCAGUUGCACGAGCCAGUCCAGUGCUGCAGCCUCAGCCUGGUGCCGUGGGAGUUCCUCCAGCUUUACACUCCAGCAAACAGGAUAUGGGAUCAGAUGGGCAUGAGAAACAUUUGGACAUUUUAAAUAUCUUUAAAACAUACAUUCCAAAGGACCUUGCUUCACUGUACCAAACCUGUGGUGCCAACAGCCCUGUCCUAGAUCACACAGGGAUGCUCAGGACACAAACACGCCAAGGAGACUGUGUCUGCAGAGAAUGUGGAAAAUGCUUUACCCAGCCCAGCCACCUCAGGACUCAUCAGAGGUCCCACACAGUGGUGUUUGAGUCUAAUGGACUCCGAGGUACUGAAGUUCACACCACCUCUGCAGAUGCCCCAAAACAAGGCAGAGACCACGGCAGCGCGGAGCUCAGCCACAUGCUGCAUCUCCGGAAGGGAACCUAGAUCCCGGGCGGAGGAGCCCCGGCAGCCGCCGAACUCCAGAGCAUCCCCUGCCAGCCAGGGCCGCACCCGGAGCGGCUGCG